AGUCCUCUCCCAAACCCUAAGCGCCUUUAUAAUUCUCAUAAACACAUUCUUCUUCUCUAACUAUUGCGGUACACAGCAGCUGAGGGUUUAUUUAGGGUUUAAGCAAAUUCCCCAACAACCGAUUGCGAGACCCAAAAUUGAAUCAAAAUUUCCUCUAAUUUUCAAUUUUUUUUUUCGGGGGUUUGAAGAAAAAAUGGUAGCAGACAAAGGAAAGAAGCAGAAAUCGGAAGUGGUGGAGGAAGAAAUUAAUGGCGGAGAGCACAUUGACGGAGAGCUCGUUCUCUCCAUUGAAAAGCUUCAGGAAAUUCAGGAUGAGCUCGAAAAAAUCAAUGAAGAAGCAAGUGAAAAAGUGUUGGAAGUCGAACAGAAGUACAAUGAGAUACGCAAGCCUGUCUAUGAUAAGCGAAACGACACCAUCAAAUCCAUUCCCGAUUUCUGGUUGACUGCGUUUAUGAGUCAUCCUGCUCUCAGUGAACUGUUGACUGAAGAAGACCAAAAGAUUUUCAAGUAUCUAAACAAUCUGGAAGUAGAAGACUUCAAAGAUGUGAAAUCUGGUUACUCCAUCUCAUUUAUAUUCAAAUCCAAUCCAUACUUCGAAGAUCCCAAGAUCACGAAAACAUUCAAUUUCCUAGACGAGGGAGUAACAAAAAUCAUCUCAACACCAAUUAAAUGGAAAGAAGGCAUGGGCAUUCCUAAUGGCAUUACUGAGAAGAAGAAAGGAAGCAAACGUUCUCAUGCUGAGGAAAGCUUCUUCACCUGGUUUAACAACUCCGAGCAUAAAGGUGAUCUGUAUGAGAUUCAUGACGAGGUGGCUGAUAUCAUCAAGGAUGAUUUGUGGCCAAAUCCUCUUACAUAUUUUAACAAUGAGGCUGAUGAAGAGGAACUUGAAAUGGAUGAUGAUGAAGACGAUGAGGAAAAGGGGAGUGAUGGUUCUGAAGAUGACGAAGAAGAAGACGACGAUGAAGAAUGAAGGCGAAACUAAACUUGUUCAUACAGUUUGAACAUAAAAAAAAAAGGUUUUUCUAUGUUAGAUAAUAUAUUCUCAACAUCCUUUGAAAAGUCCAUUUUGUCCCUGUCAGCACACUUUCAGACAGACCCUUGUCAUAUAUUAUUUAACAUUUUGAUGGUCUUUAAAUGUGUAAAAUAUAUAUGAUGCUUGUUUUUUGACA